UCACAAUGCUCCCCUUCCCUCUUCAUCAUAUAUUGUUUCUCAGUUUAUUCUCAUGGCUCUCCCAUAUUGUCUCACAGUUAUAGCAGUUUUCUCCCUUUGUGUGAUUUGUAACAAUGGCGUUGAAGCUUUUCAUGAGAUAUAUCCUGAUCUUCAAUCCAUUUCAGCGCGUACCGUGAGCAAAAUUCACAGAACUGGAUACCAUUUUCAACCUCAUAGAAACUGGAUCAACGAUCCAAAUGGCCCCAUGUAUUACAACGGAGUCUACCAUCUAUUUUACCAAUACAACCCAAAAGGGGCAGUUUGGGGCAACAUUGUGUGGGGGCACUCGGUCUCAAAGGACCUCAUCAAUUGGAAAGAACUUGAACCCGCCCUCUACCCAUCCAAACCCUUUGACAAAUACGGGUGUUGGUCCGGGUCAGCCACGGUACUCCCGGGUAAAGGACCUGUGAUCCUUUACACAGGAGUUAUUAAUAAGCAUAGCAAUGAGGUGCAAUGCUAUGCUAUACCUGAGAAUACAUCCGAUCCAUUUCUAAGAAAAUGGAUAAAGCCCAAUGCCAUUAAUCCUAUUAUAGUCGCGGAACACAAUAUGAAUGGUAGUGUGUUCCGCGACCCAACCACUGCAUGGUGGAGUGAGGAUGGACAUUGGAAGAUGUUGAUUGGUGGGAGAAGCAAAGAUAGAGGAAUGGCCUAUUUGUAUAGGAGCAAGGACUUUGUGAAAUGGAUUCGGGCCAAGCACCCGAUCCAUUCAGCUGCUUCUACGGGUAUGUGGGAGUGUCCAGAUUUUUACCCAGUUUCUUUGAAAGGGAAAAACGGGUUAGACACAUCCGUGGUUGGUAAUAGACUCAAUAGAGUUAAGCAUGUUCUCAAGAAUAGUCUUGAUGUAACUAGGUAUGAGUACUACACAAUUGGAACGUAUUUCAUGAAUGAGGAUAGGUAUAUCCCAGAUAACACUUCGGAGGAUGGUUGGGGUGGCCUUAGGUAUGAUUAUGGCAACUUUUAUGCAUCCAAGUCAUUUUUUGACCCUAGUAAGAGACGAAGAAUUUUGUGGUCUUGGGCAAAUGAGUCAGAUUCCAAAGAGGAUGAUGUUAAGAAAGGAUGGGCAGGGAUUCAGGCAAUUCCAAGAACUGUAUGGCUUGAUUCUCAUGGGAAACAAUUGGUGCAAUGGCCUGUUGAAGAAUUAAAUAGUCUAAGAGAGAAAGAAGUUAAAAUAAAUAACAAAAAGCUUAAGAAGGGAAAUUAUGUUGAAGUUAAAGGGAUCACUGCAGCUCAGGCUGAUGUGGAGGUUACCUUCUCAUUCUCAAGCUUGGAUAAGGCAGAGACAUUUGAUUCUAGGUGGGUGAAUGCACAAGAUCUAUGUGCACAGAAGGGUUCAAAGGUUGAAGGUGGGGUUGGGCCAUUUGGGCUUUUGACUUUGGCUUCAAAAAACUUGGAGGAGUUUACUCCUGUGUUCUUUAGAAUUUUCAAAGCUCCAAACAAGCAUGUUGUUCUCAUGUGCUCCGAUGCAAGAAGUUCCUCUUUGAAGAGAGAAUUGUACAAGCCAUCAUUUGCAGGCUUUGUGGAUGUGGAUUUAGCCCAUAAAAAAUUGUCUCUCAGGAGUUUGAUUGAUCACUCUGUUGUGGAGAGUUUUGGAGCUGGAGGGAGAACAAACAUCUUAUCUAGAGUUUAUCCAACACUUGCAAUAAAGAAAAAUGCUCACUUAUUUGUGUUCAACAAUGGUACUGAGCACAUCACUGUAGAGAAGCUGAAAGCAUGGAGCAUGAAAUCUGCUCGUCGAAACUAAUGGCCACAUAGAAAUUAGUAUAUAUGAAUGAAUAAAAGUAGCUAGAAAUAAUUAAACCUCUUCUCUUGUUCUCUUCAAAAAGAGGUCUAACUUUUAGUCUUCUGUUCAUGGGGGUGGUGUUGUCACCUGCACGUGAAGCUAUACUAGAUUAACAUAUACUGGUUUUAAUUUUACGUCAAAGAAAUUUUAAUGUAUGAGAUAUAGUAAUUUCAAUUUUCAAUAUAUAUAUCUAUAUAUAACUGCAACUCAUUUGUGUCU